GGUGGACGACAUUCCUCCAGGAAUAUCACUGCUUCCUGAUAACAUUCUUCAGGUCCUCAGGCUCCAGCUGCUACAGUGUGUCCAGAAAAUGUCAGAUGGACUAGAAGAGCAGCAGCAGGCUCUGUCACUUUUACUUGUGAAAUUCUUUAUCAUCCUUUGCAGAAAUUUGGCUAAUGUGGAGGAGAUUGGGAUGUGUUCAUACAUUAACCAUGUUAUCACCAUGACUACAUUAUACAUUCAACAGGAGAAACUUGGUAUAAUUUGUAUGACCAAAUUAAGGAAUCCUUUUCCUUCUUAUUUACUCCAAUCAGAAUGUUUUCAAGAAAGUGAACAUCUCAAGGAAAGCCUAAAAUGUUGCCUGCUACAUCUCUUUGGAGCUAUUGUGGCUGGUGGUCAGAGGAAUGCUCUUCAAGCAGUGUCUCCUGCCACCAUGGAAGUCUUGAUGCGUGUUUUAGCAGACUGUGAAAACUGGGAUGACAGGAACCCUGAGGAAGUGAGCAGGAAGGCAGAGCUGACUCUGAAGUGCCUGACAGAAGUUGUCCAUAUCCUUCUAACCAGCAGUUCUGACCAGCGGCAAGUGGAGACAAGUACAAUAUUGGAGAACUAUUUCAAGUUGCUUAAUUCAGACCAUUCAGCUUUACCUAAUCCAAGGCGAUGCAGGCAGUGGGAGAGCAGGUUCAUAGCACUACAGAUCCAGAUGCUGAAUACCAUCACAGCUAUGUUAGACUGCACAGACAGGCCUGUUCUGCAGGCAAUUUUCCUUAACAGUAACUGCUUUGAGCAUCUCAUUCGACUGUUGCAGAACUGCAAGCUGUUUUUAAAUGCUAACAAUAAAGUGGCAGACAAGAGUGAGAAAGACCUUGCCAACAAAUUACUGACAGAAAUGAAUGAGGACCAGGUGUUUCAGGGACACCUAGACUGCUUGGCAGUAUCAACCAUUCAAGCCCUCACAGCAGUAAUGCACAAGUCUCCAGCUGCUAAGGAGGUCUUCAAGGAGAGAAUUGGUUAUGCACACAUAUACGAGGUACUAAAAUCACUGGGUCAACCCUCACGGGAGUUGCUGGAAGAACUCAUGAAUAUGGCCGUUGAAGGUGACCACAUGGCUGUUGGGAUACUAGGCAUUAGUAAUGUCCAGCCUUUAUUGCUGCUUAUCCAGUGGCUUCCAGAACUAGAAUCACAUGACCUGCAGAUUUUCAUCUCAAAUUGGUUGAGGCGAAUCUGCUGUAUUAACAGACAGAGUCGUGCCACGUGUGUCAAUGCGAACAUGGUCAUCUGUAUCAUUGAGACACUAAAUUCCCACUCCGCGCUCCAUUGUACUUGUGCAGAGAACCUGAUCGCGCUUCUGGGCUCUUUGGGCAGCCAGUCAAUGGGCUCAGAAGAACUGCUUCAACUAAUACGGCUCCUGAGGACUGAGGAACCAAAACAAGCUCACCCUUACGUUGUUCCAGUGAUGCGAGCCAUUCUAACAAUGGCCCGGAAGCAGGGCAUGUCUAGUGCCUUGCAGUAUUUCAACUUGUACCACAGCAUGGCCGGAAUUGCUGUUCCAUCAAUUCAUAAGUGGCCAGGCUCUGCGUUUUCUUUCAGCGCUUGGCUCUGCCUUGACCAGGACCGGGUGGACCCUAGCACAACUAGCAAAAGUGGCAAGAGGAAGCAACUCUAUAGCUUUUUUACAGGAAGUGGUAUGGGUUUUGAAGCAUUUAUUACAUGCUCGGGGGUAUUGGUGGUUGCAGUUUGCACGAAGAGGGAAUAUGCAACAGUAAUGCUGCCUGACCAUUGUUUUUUUGACUCUCUCUGGCACAACAUAACUAUUGUUCACAUGCCUGGAAAGAGGCCCUUUGGUCAAAGCCUUGUGUACAUCUAUGUGAAUGGACAGCAGAAGGUCUCUGCCCCACUUCGAUUCCCUGCCAUGAAUGAAUCUUUUACUUCUUGCUGCAUUGGUUCAGCUGGACAAAGAACAACAACUCCUCCUCCAUCUCAGAUACCAGAUCCGCCUUUUUCCUCCCCUAUUAUGCCCCAUCGGACAUCACUUGGGGGCAUCCUCUCUACAGGAAGUUGGGGUGGGAUACCUGGAAAACCAGAGCUCAUCACCAAGAUGAUCUCAGCAGGUACUCAGGACAGUGAAUGGGGAUGUCCAACAUCUUUGGAGGGCCAGCUUGGGUCAGUUAUCAUCUUUCAUGAAGCACUGCAACCUCCUCAGGUGAAGGCAUUAUAUUUAGCAGGUCCAAACUGUUUAACUCCAUGGAAGUCUCAAGAGGCUGAAGUAGCGGAUCUCCCCAGUAAGGUGCUGCUUCAUUAUACACCGAAG